CUCCUCGAACUCAGUAAACUACUGCUGAGACCGUAACAAAGCUUUUGGUCUCUUUCUUUCUUUCCGACCACAACACAUACUCAAGUUAACCAAAACCCCCAAAAAAAUAGAAAAUCAAAACACCAAGUUACAAAUAAAAAAACGAAAGAAGAAGCCAUCUUCAUCCUCGAGAUCUCUCUGGCCAUUCAGCAGCAGUCAAGUACCCCUCCAAAACCCUAAGUUUUUACCCUACAAUGGGCUCCAAUGUCUCCCCCCACGACUUCCCUUCCUCCGAACAGAAUUCUGCCCCCGACCCCGCCCCCGCCCCCGCCCCCGCCCCCGCCGCCGAGCCCCCGCCGCCGAAGCCCCACCGGCAGCUAGCCCUCUCCCGGAAGAGCGCGUCCGGCCCUUCCCGGGACCGGCACACCAAGGUGAACGGCCGGGGCCGCCGGAUACGGAUCCCGGUGCUCUGCGCGGCACGGAUCUUCCAGCUGACCCGGGAGCUCGGCCACCGCUCCGACGGCGAGACCAUCGAGUGGCUCCUCCGCUGCGCCGAGCCCUCCAUCAUCGCGGCCACCGGCUACGGCAGCAUGCCCGCGGAGCCCGUCACCACCGCCGUGGGCGCGCUCCCCCCGUCCAAGGCCCCCUCGUCCGCCCCGUGCCCGGUCGCGCCGCUGGCGCUGGCUCCCCCGGCGCCGCCCGGCCACGGGGCGUUCCCGAUCCCGCCGCCGGACUGCCGGCUGGACCUGAGCCAGCCGAACGGGUUCGACUUCUCGGCCGGCGGCAUGACCAACGGUUACCGCCACAUGCCCUUCACGGCGUUGCUGUUGCAGCCGGCGGCGGCGGCGGAGGAGGCGGAGGAGAGGCAGCACAGGGAGAUUCUUGGUUAAGAAAGAAUAAGGCCCUUUAAGUCGAGUGUCUUUUGGGGGGGACUUCUGGUAAAGAAUAUAUGACAUGAUUUAUGGUCUUCUUCGCUCUCAAUGUGUAUUUCUUCUCUUUUUGCUCUUUCUUUUUUCUUCGUUUUUUCAUAGUUUAUGGAGACGGGGGGGGCCUUAAGUUAGAAGGAUGAAGAAGAUGGACAAUGUUAGGAGUUGAAUCGCGAACGUAUUAAUCGAAAAGGAAAUUAGAAAA